GUUGGUUUGAGGAGAUCAUGAAACAUUUAAUCGAGCACCGAUAGAAUGGCAGCCAGCAAACGACCUCUAGUUUAGCUAGUUAACUGGAUCUGUUAACUCAAUGCAAGUGUGCCUGCAGUGGCUUUGGUAAACCAUUGAAUGACAAACAAUUAAAGGGUUGAAAAUGAUUAGAUUUGCAGCUGGAAGACGCAUAAUUUCUGGGGUUCCAGUAUGGAGAUGUUUUCAGCAGAUAACCAGAGCACCAAACUACACAACAAAAGCUCAGCAGCUGUUUCCCUCUCAAGCCUUCUCUGUGUUAAUGCCAUCCAGACUAACAUCCACAAACAGGAUGUUGAGCGUCAGGCCCGUGGGCUGGCCUGUCUCACGUCUCUGCCACGGGGAUUCACGAGGCGCCUCAGGGAUAGGCGACAGAAAAGAGGGUUUCAGUUUAAGGGCCCUCACCCAGGCUCCCAAACCAGCUCUUUAUCUUGGUUUCUCUGGCCUCUUGCCUUUUCUGUCAGCUCCUCUCCUGAUGGCUGCCACACAGUCCUUCUACCCUGAACUGGCAUAUGCUCAAGUGGUCUACGGAGCCUCUAUAGUCUCCUUCCUUGGAGGUGCCCGCUGGGGGUUUGCCAUCCCUGCCGGUAGUCCUGCUCAGCCUGACUGGAUGAACUUGGGCAACAGUGUGUUGCCUUCACUUCUGGCCUGGCUGGCACUGCUCUGCAGGGACAAUAUUGCAGAGGGAGCACUGGUAGUUAUUAUGGGAUUGGGUCUAUCUCUGCACUUUGACCUGACCCUGCUGCCUGGCUACCCCUCCUGGUUCAAAGCCAUGCGAACUGUCCUCACUCUGGUCGCCACCUUCUCACUGGUGGCUACCCUGACAAUUAAACAAUUCUACCCUGAGAAGAAGAUAAAAGAGUCUCAGGACUGAUUUAAGAGGGCAGUUUGUACUUCAUAAAAAUGUAAAUUGCACAUCUACAGACAAUUGGUUUUGUUCAUACUGUAGACCAACUCACAGUAAAAAUAAGUUAAUAAAAAAAGUUGUGUAAAUGUAAAGGCAUAAAGGUGGCAUAUCAUUUAGAAACUGAACAAAAAAUGUUUUCUCAGUUGCCAAGUGGGCACUGAAAUUCAGAGGAUCUAGAUUAAAAUAUCCAAAUGUAGAAAAAGUCAGAUUUUUAAAAUGAAUGUAACAUGUAUCAUCUAUCAGAAAACAUUUGUAGAAUCACAAUCUUUGCUGGGAAAAGUAGACAAAAAAAUACCCUUAUUGAUAAUCUGUUUGGAUAUGGCGAUUUUACAUGUGCAGAGUUUAGACAAUGUUGUCCAUUAUUGUAUAACUCCUGACUGAUACAAGUCAAAACCACAGCUGAAGAAAUGCGUGGGAAAUUUGUAAACUGCUUUCUUAAGUUUUUUAAAGGUUAUUUAUACAGUACCAUU